GAGAAGAGGAGGUUUCAGCGCUCUCCUGCGUGCUGUUAACAUAUUUUCCAGCUUACACCUCAGGACCCGUCCCAGCAGCUAUGAUCUUCACAGCAGAGCAGGUCACCUGCGUGUGCGAGGUCCUACUGCAGAGCGGCUGCAUCGAUCGUCUCACCAACUUCCUCAGUACUCUUCCUCCUCCUUCCACUUCAUGCCCCGGGGAGCUGGAGAGUGUGCUAAAAGCCAAAGCCGCAGUGGCUUUUCACCAAGGGCGCUUCUCGGACCUCUACACCCUGCUGAAGGGCUUCCCUUUCUCUCCACACAGCCACCCGCUCCUGCAGCAGCUCUGGCUGCAAGCCCACUACGUAGAAGCAGAGCGGCAGAGGGGCCGACCCCUGGGAGCUGUGGGGAAGUACCGUGUGAGGAGAAAGUUUCCCUUACCACUCACCAUCUGGGAUGGUGAGGAGACCAGCUACUGCUUCAAGGAGAAAUCUCGGAGUAUCCUGAGGGAAUGGUACCACCGUCAGCCGUAUCCCUCUACACGGGAGAAGCGGGAGCUCGCAGCAGCCACCGGUCUCACCGCCAUCCAGGUCAGCAACUGGUUCAAGAACCGCCGGCAGAGGGACCGGACAGUGGACCCUACCGGGUCAGUGAGGGGCAGAAGGUCGCUCUUCCUGACAGGUUAUGGAGGACCUUCAGAAGAAACCUACCCUUCCUCUGAUAAUGACCUUUCACCUCCGGGCAGCCCCCAGUACCGCAGUGCACCACCUCCACCCCUCUUUCAUCCACCACCUCCACUACAUCACACAUGUGGGGGCCAUCCAGAAGGUUAAUCUGAUACGUCAUGGUACUCUGUAGAAUUUCUGGUGUCACUGAAAGUUUAUUACCAAAACAUGACCUAGCAGAUCCCGUACAGAGACUUAAACGUAAGCAGAACACCACACAAGACAGACAGAAGUAAGCGUAAUACGUUUGGAUUAAACCCAAUAUAUGGGUUCACAGGUGUGGCUUAAAGGUGAAUCUCCACGCUGCAUUCACAGAUGGAACUUUAUAAUGAUCAGGGUGUUUUUUGGGGGGGUUUUUUUUAAAGGGAGUGUGCUGGUAAAAUGUGCCAACAUAUAUCAUACCCAAAGGUUACACAAUGAAUCUAGAGACACCUUUUUCAGUGUUUACAACUUCCCGAAAUGUCUUAAAACUGUAAGCAAACCUGAAUAAAACCACUUCACUAUCA